UGUUUGCGUGCAGCGGUCACCAUGGCAGCGGGAGCACGUGGUGCGCGGACGCACUUCCCGCGUGUCGGAGGUCGCGCAGCGUUCUAUAUAAUGUGAACAAGUUGCCCAAGCGCACACUACCACACUCACGCGCACGCCGCCAACAUCCACCCACUAAAUACUCGGGAGCGGUCAGUCCUGCAGCUCCGAGCCCCAGUCAGUCUGCGCGUAAGCAUCCGCCACUCGGACAGUGCCCGUGCGCAACAGUGAUACUGUGACAGUGACAGUACCCGUUAAACCUUAGCCAUCAUGAACCACUACGUCAAAAUCGCCCUAGUCGUGUGCGCGUGCAUAGCAGUGACGUCGGCUCAGUUCAGCCACUUCGAUGUCGACUUCUCCGAUUUCGGCACGAGUUUCGGAGGUCCGACAUAUAAUAACUUCGCUGCUGCAGCCAGAGAUCCCAGGGCUAACCCGGGUCCAGUGCUGUUCCCUCCUUCCCCCAGCGGAGACCCCUCCCAGACCAGUGGCGUGGUUGUAGGAGCAUCUGGCUACGGCUUUGUGCCUCCCGGCUCCCAAGGACCGGCGAUACCAAGAUUCUUCUACAGAAGACGCCUAUACCUAAGAAGGUAGAGCAAUAUAGUUAAAUAUACACGAAAUGGUGUCUACGCAUGUUUGUUUGUACAAAAGAAUUAUUUAAUUAUUGUUCGAGUACCUUUUUGUGUUAAAAUUAAUAAAAUUAUUUGAUUUAUGAACGUGACAAUGUAUGCAGUGUGUUCUGUUCUAUAUAACAUAUUGAUGUUAAACUGUUUCACCAUUAUUUAGUAAUUAUAUAUGUUAUAUGUUGACUAUGAUAGGCCAUAAUGAUGAUCGUAGUCCUAGACUUGGAAAUAUAAUUUAUACCAUCACAAAAUUAAGGCAAAUCUUUAUCAUAAUUUGAUAAUUAUGCCCUGGUUAAGAUUUUGCCUUGGUUUUGUAAAAAAAUGUUGGUAACGGUACAGGCGAUAACAUAAUCAAUUAACCAAAUAUAUAAAGGUCUAUAUGAUUUCAAAAUAUGUACCUAAGUAAUAGAUUUAAAUGGACUUUAUACAACAAUAAUUUUCUAUUAUAAAUCUUUUAAAGUCGUCUGUACCUAUGUUUUACUUUUCAUAGGUCUGUGCCAUAAGUUCGUUAAAAAGCAAGCUAUUUCAGACUACCUUUUAAAAGUAUCAUAUAAUAAUUAUUAUUUAUACAGUAUACGUAUAAAAUCAAUCACUGUUUACAUUAAUUUAUUAAUAACAAACCCGUUAAUAAAAGAGAAAUAGCGUAUUUAUUUUUAAACAGUUACAAAUUUAUAUAUUUUCGGAUAUUUAAUUAUUGGGAAAAUUGGGAAAGUGGGAGAAUUGGGCCUCCGGUAACCUCACUCACAUAACGCCAGCGUUGUUUCACGUCAGUUUUCUGUGAGGCCGUGGUAUCGCUCCGGUCGAGCCGGCCCAUUCGUGCCGAAGCAUGGUUCUCCCGCACUUAUAAUUUUCAGAUAUAAAGUUGCUUUGUGUGUUUAAUGCUUGUAUAGACUGUCAUAUUAGUAGCACUUCAUUUAUUACCUUGUGUGUGUCGAUUCUAAGCGUAUAUUGGAUUAAAGUCGUGGUAAUUCCAUAUUAGGAAAUUACGUAUGCAUGAUACAGCAAAGGUUGAAGAAUUCUCGUGUGAUACUUAUAUCAUGUUUACAAUGAAUAAUUUUGUUAAAUAGAUCAAUGUGUUAAAAUUUUAUGUAAAUACACUUGACUAUCUAUUUAUUGUCAAUGUGACUUAAUAAAAAAUCACGGUUUACUCACGUACAUUAAUGGAGGAAAGUUUUACUAGUUCCCAGUCACAGAUGGAGUUUUCAGUAGGUUGCGUGACGUCACUGCGUCUGCCCACGCUCCUCAUAAAGAAGAGUUCUUCUGUUGACUCGAACCUAGUAAAGCUUUACUACAUUAAUGUACGUAUAUAAACCGUGAUUUUUAGUUAAUUAAGUAUGUAUCUCGAUAGUUAUUAUAAAAAUCAAUUUGAUUGUACUUCAUUACCAUCAUCAUAUUAUAUGUAUUAGCCACAGGACAUCCACUAUUGAAUAUAGGCUUCCCCCAAUGACUUCCAAUUAAGCUGGUUUGAAGCAAUUGUAUUUAAUUCUGUAUGUAGAUAAUGGUUACAGGUAGAAAAUUGUAAUGAUUAUUAUCAAUACACUAUACAUAUAAUAUCUAGUAUAAAUUACCUUUUCAAGUUCAUAAAUAAGUAUAAGAUAGUGGUGAGACAAGUUUCGUUCCUUAUAUAUUAUAUUCUUUAUAAUGUAAAUACAACACAUUAACGAUAAAAAACUGUGAUACAAUAAAAUAAGUAUGUAUUUACAAUGAAAGAAUGACAAUUGUAUUUUAUACAAUAGAAAAUGUGCCGAAUGUAUUAUUUUGUAUGAAAUACGAGAGCUGAUGUGAAAUAUAAUGUAAAUAAUGAAAAUUAUAUUAUGUAAAUAAAUCUUUAAUAUAUUUUG